AUGAAGCUUUCUGCGUUGCAGCAGAGCUACAUCAACCGUCGAAGCAACAGCUUCAGAUCAUCAGGACCGUUAGAUUCAUCUUCCGACAGCGCCAUUAAGUCGCCAGCAGCCAUUUUCUGGCUUAUCCUCCAUGGUCUCUGUUGCUUAAUCAGCUUAGUCCUCGGAUUCCGCUUUUCUCGCUUGGUCUUUUUCUUUUUGUUCUCCACUUCCUCCACCAACUUCUACACGUCGCCGUUUCGCUCCACCGCCGAACUCGCCAAAACCCUAGAUGUCCACUCCGUUCUGUCCACCAACCCAGUGACCAACCCCGACUUACUGUUGCUCAACAAGACGGCGACGAAUUCGAGAGUGGUUGUGGGGCGGCACGGGAUCCGGAUCAGGCCAUGGCCGCACCCGAACCCGAUUGAGGUCAUGAAGGCUCACCGGAUCAUACAAAGAGUUCAAAAAGAGCAGAGGCUACAAUUCGGUGUGAAGGAUCCCAGGACAGUUAUCGUGGUGACGCCGACAUAUGUACGGACAUUCCAAGCGCUGCAUUUGACCGGUGUGAUGCACUCGCUAAUGCUGGUUCCAUACGAUCUGGUUUGGAUCGUGGUGGAAGCCGGCGGGGUCAGCAACGAAACGGCAUCGCUUAUUGCGAAAUCCGGUUUGAAAACUAUCCACGUCGGAUUCAAUCAACGGAUGCUGAAUUCCUGGGACGAACGAAAUAAAUUGGAGUCCAAAAUGCGCCUUCGUGCUUUAAGAAUUAUAAGAGAGAAGAAAUUGGAUGGAAUUGUUAUGUUUGCGGAUGAUAGUAAUAUGCAUAGUAUGGAACUUUUUGAUGAGAUCCAAAAUGUCAAAUGGUUCGGGGCGCUUUCAGUUGGAAUACUAGCUAAUUUGGUUAAUACAGAUGAGAAGACGGAUAAGAAGAAGGAGGAAGAGGAGAAUCCUAGAAUGCCGGUUCAAGGUCCGGCUUGUAACGCGUCUAAUAUGUUGGGAGGAUGGCAUACUUUUAAUACAUUGCCCUUUGCAGGGAAAAGUGCUGUUUAUAUUGAUGAUCGAGCAACUGUGCUGCCUAGAAAGUUGGAGUGGUCAGGUUUUGUUUUGAAUUCUAGGUUGCUUUGGAAAGAUGGUGGAGAUAAGCCAGAAUGGAUUAAGGAUGUUGAUAUGCUAGAUGGGGAUAUUGAGAAUCCAUUGGGUUUAAUUAAAGACCCUUCCGUGGUGGAGCCACUUGGAAGCUGUGGACGUCAAGUUUUGCUUUGGUGGCUUCGAGUGGAAGCUCGUGCUGAUAGCAAAUUUCCUCCCAGAUGGAUAAUUGACCCACCUUUGGAGAUCACUGUCCCAUCAAAACGCACUCCAUGGCCAGAUGCUCCCCCUGAACUCCCUGCUAAUGAAAAACCAGUGAUGGGCAUCCAAGAGCCCAUAGUGAAGCAUAGUACAAAGACACGAACAUCCAGAUCAAAACGUCGAAGUAAAAGAAAGCAUGAAACAAGAACAGAUACACAGGUUUCCACAAGGCAGUCCGAACAAAACUAGAAAUCUCAUAGCUGGCAAUCUAUGCCUUAAGGACUUGAAACUGCUGCACCCAGAAAUUUGAUUGACAAGGGAGGAAUGCAGAUGGUCUUAGCGGGUGUUGGGUACAUAUGGAUAGGCACCUCUCACAGCAGGCCAGUUUAUACAUGCGUUUCUGUUUGAGUUCCUCCUCAGUUUUCAACUAUUUUUGCUUCUUUUUUUCUCGUCUAUAGUUUGUUGGGGUGAUUGAUAUUCUCUCAUUGAGGAGGUAUGUCAAGCAAGUCUUGCUCUCUUGUCUUGCAAGAAGCUUGUAUUUGACAUGCUUUCGAUUUACAAAUUUAUACAUAAUCUUUUAAUAGGAAUUAUAGAGCUGUGUUCAGUCGUUGGUUGUGGUA